AUGGGCUGGCUCAAGCAUUUCCGCUCCAAGAGCAACAUCAAGGACAAGUUAAAGCACCACAACCAUGAUCAUCACGCCUACCCGAGCCCUCCGCUGCCGGUCUACCAUGGCCGCAACUGCACCGAGCAGCUGCCCGACAAGGUGCUACGCCGCAUCUUCGAAUUCGUGUGUCCCCACACUACCGAUGACAGCUACGAGACAAGUGAGAAGAGCAUGAUCGGGGAUGGCUGCAUGCUGUGCGAUUUGCGCGAUCUGGCGAGCUGCGCCCAGGUACGCCGGCGCUGGUAUGGUGUCGCCCAGGGCUUGCUUUACAAAUGCGUGCGCAUCGACGCCGUCCACUACUGCGAGCUUGAAGAGAUCCUUGGCCAGCAUCGCCGCCGCAAGUCACGUCACGAAACCACUGACGUGCCGACCGCCCGUCUCCAGCUUUUUGCUCGGACUGUGCGAGACAACCAGUACCUUGCUGAGACCGUCGAGGUGCUCAAGCUGCCGUACAUGACCCGCGAAACGUCCAAGGCUGACCUCGCCCGCACCGUCUCUGUCCUGCCCAAUCUGCGCUACGUCGAUCUGCCCGAUGGAUUCUAUUCCGGCGAUCCCGGAAGCCAUACUCUGCGCCAGGAGCUGCAAGUCCGAGGAAACAACCUUCGAAAAAUGAAGUACGACGCUGGUUCGGAGCAGCUCUUCGAGAUGCUUAUCCAGGGCUUUUGGCAGCGGAUUGAGGUUCUCGAGCUUAGUCGGCUAAGAAUCGAACCGGUGACAAUGAGGCGGAUUCUUGCCUGCCUGCCGCAUCUCAUCAAUCUGAAGGUCUCGGAGUCUCCUUGGCUGAAUGACUCGAUGUUCGAAUUGGCGCCCAAUGUUCCGGAAUUCCCUGCUCUGGAACGCUUGACGUUGGACGAGAUGCCUGGAGUCACGGCAAACGGUCUGUGCGCCUACCUCAGUGGCCGCGAGAACAUGUCAAGGCUGCAGUACCUGUCGCUAUCCACGACUGGUGUGACCGUGGACGAGCUUCACACAGUCCUCACGGCUGCCCCAUACAUGCGGGAGCUGACUAUCCGCGAUACCGUGUCCGCGUCGCUGCCGAUGCAAGCACGCCCACCCCUCAGGUCGAUGCUUCUCCAAAAGCUCUACUUCGAAAUAACAUCCGCAUCGAAUGCCUUCCAAGGGUUGCAACCACCGCACUCUUCUUACUAUGCUUAUCUAAUCUCGUCUCUCCUUACAAAUUCGCUCCCAAAUCUGAAAGAGCUAUACGUUCGCGAUCCGGACUUUGCGGAGACACUGACUCUAGCUCCGCCGAUGCCAUCGUAUGCCACUGACGGUGGAUCUGGUUCGAGAGGCCUUACGCAGCCCUUGAACAUCUACGCUAAGGGUCUUGACGAGCUCGACUGGAUCUUCUCGACCUUCCAACCUCCUGACGAACCAGGCCACAGGGGCAGCUUCAGUGGCGGACGGCCUCUGUCAGAGUACAACGCCUCCAGGGGACUGGGACCCCAGUGGGGCAACGACAACCGCAAGAGUGUUGUUGUCGGCAACGGAUUCGGUGGGUUCCUGGCUGUUCCGGCGGAGAUGCCCGAGAGACCGAAGAGCGCAGGCGGCUGGACGAAGAGCAACAACUCAGGAGGCCAUUUCAGAGGUCACAACAGGGCGGACAGCUACAGCCAUAAGAGGGCGAGCAGAGCAGACUUGUGGCGUUAG